GUCCAGGGCAGGGAAGCCCCCUCCAGGUCUGCACCUUGAUGUUGUUAAAGGAGACAAGCUCAUAGAGGGAUAGAUGCCUCAUCGCUUGGAGAGUGAUAAAAUGGAGAGAGAUAAAGUACCAGCCUAUAAGCUCCUACCUGCCAUGCUACAGGCUGUGCUUGAAAAAUGAGUUAGGAGAAAUUGAUUAUUGAUGAGAAGAAAUACUACCUGUUUGGAAGGAACCCUGACAUGUGUGACUUUACAAUCGACCAUCAGUCUUGUUCCAGAGUUCAUUCUGCUCUAGUCUACCACAAGCAUUUGAAGAGAGUCUUUCUAAUCGAUCUCAAUAGCACCCAUGGAACAUUUCUUGGUCAUAUCCGACUAGAGCCCCACAAGCCUCAACAGAUCCCUAUUGAUUCCACAGUUUCAUUUGGCGCUUCAACACGAAUGUAUACUCUUCGUGAGAAGCCUCAAACUCUUCCAUCUGCUUUGAAAGGGGAUGAUAAAGCUGGAGAUGAUGAUGAGCUAAAAGGUCUUCUGGGCCUUCCAGAAGAGGAGACCGAGCUUGAUAAUCUAACAGAGUUCAACACAGCCCACAACAAGAGAAUAUCGACACUUACCAUUGAAGAGGGUAACUUGGACAUCCAGAGGUCUAGGAGGAAGAAGAGGAAUUAUCGUGUCGCCUUCAGUGAGGAUGACGAAAUUAUUAAUCCAGAGGAUGUGGACCCUUCAGUUGGACGCUUCAGGAAUAUGGUGCAGACUGCUGUCGUUCCUGUGAAGAAGAAAAAAAUGGAAACCUCUGGAUCGCUCAGUCUAGAAGACUCUGUAGGGCGUCGUGUGCAGAACUUUCCAUAUUCUGGAGGCUUGUAUGGUGGUCUCCCUCCUACCCAUGCUGAAGCUGGAGCACAGACUGCUGGUGGCCAUGGUACAGCAUUAAUGGGUGGCAUGCCAUUCCCCAACUUGGCACCAGAUGUGGAUAUUGCCCCAACCACACCAACAGCUGUCCCUAUCACAGCAGCACCCACUGCAUCCAGCUUUAUUUCAGAGGCUGUUAAUGAGCCCAAAAAAAAGAAGUAUGCAAAGGAAGCCUGGCCAGGGAAAAAGCCUACUCCUCUUAUAUAAAAGACCCAAGCCAAACUAUGGUGGCACAGAAAUUUCAAAUGGGGAUAGGGACUUUUAAACCGGCGAUUUAUAUUUGUUUUACACUUCUCCACAGAAAUGAGAUCUAUCUUAGUGACCCUUAGCUGGUACAUUAGGGGCAGGGAGUAGGAUAUGUCAAUAAAUUAAUCCAUUUAAAUGUUGAAAUAUCCUUUUGAUCUGAACUCACUUUAUAUUAACGCUGUGUCUGUACUCCUGAUGAUAAAUCUGUUGCACUAGAGGAGGAGUACCCACGAUGUGCACUCCCUUCUAUAGCGGUGAUGAGCAUCUGUGCAGUUACCGCCGUGAAUGUGACCUAAAAGUGGAGAACUGCAACAAAUGGACCAAUAUUACCAAACAAACGUUUGCGUGUGUGUAUAUAUAUUUUUUGUUUUGUUCUUUUUGGGAAAUGGUCUAAGUAGACCUGCAUACAUAUGUACAGCUAUGGAUUUUGUAUAUGUGAAUUAGUUUUAAAUAUAUGUAUGUAAAACUUGUUUUA